GGACGACGUCGUACAGCAGCGACGGACAGACACAUGCACAUGAGUUCGAACUAGACCCGAGUUGCAGACUGAGACUCCGUCGUCGUACUUGUUGGGUUCUGGAGCUCGUGGGCUCGUCGUCCUUUGCUGCUUCGAUUGGUCCGAGUGUCUGUCGGAGGACGACGAUCGCUGCUGCUCGUUCUGGAAGGCAGGCGAAGAGGAAGAGAGGAGAGGAGAGGAGAGGCGAGGCGAUGAGUUCGAACGAAUCGCGAUGCAACUCGUGAUCGUGCAGCGGGCGGAGGCGGAUGCGGAUGCGGAGCACGACUCGCGGAGGUGAUCGGAUCAGAACUGAGGAAUUUCUUCGGCCUUCGAACGGCGGAGAGAGAGACGCAGCGAGAGAGUCGAUGAGGGGGCGGAGACGUGCCGUUGCAGACAGUCGACGAACAGAGUGUGGUGAGUGCUCGAUUGCUCGUGUCGAGUGCUCGUGAAGAGGAGCAAUUCGGAGUUCGAAGCUUCUCGGGAUUCAGAUUCGGUUUGAGCUGUGACAGAUUUGGUGGUAGUGACUUUUCCCGUGAGCCGGAGAGAAGUUACUGAAUAGAAGGCUAGAAGAGGCGUUUUCACAGAGGGACGAGGUGGUCUGUUCUCGUCCUCGGCUGGAUGUCGGAAGAUAGCUGAGGACUGAGCGAGUGCGCUAUCGAGCGCGUUUGCGUUCCAAGGUUUCGCGACAUUCGAUGCGUUUUAGAUUCUGAGCGGACGCAGCUCUUUUGGUGGUGCUGUAGUUCUGGAGGAAGAGUUCGAGUGGCAGAGUCGCUCGCAGCAGCGUGCAAUCGGAAUGGUCGUCGGUAAGUGGAUUGCUCUGAGGAGUGUCGGGAGUUGUAGGACUGUCGAGAAACUUUCUUCUAUAAGCGAUAAACUUCUGAGCUCGUUCGAAGAGCCCUAGUUCAGAUGUUGCGAAUGUUCGUGACCGGGUCGGUGUCAGCUUGAACAGCAGUGAAGCUGCGAGCUGUCCGCGUGAGGGUGUCAGCUGAACAGCAGUGAAGCUGCGAGCUGUCCGCGUGAGGGAGGCCGACUGCGGCCAAAUCGGCUACAAUUCGGACUGGUCAGUGAGCAAUGGAAGUAUUUGUUGUUAUCGGAGUCAUCUCAGUCGUCGGUCCGAGGAAGUGUCGGGUCUAUUCCCCAAAGUCUUAGAGCAUCGAGUAGACAGGAGCUUAGGAAGAGCGCGAAUGAAGGAUAUGUUCCAAAUUGGAGCGAGAGAGAGACCUAUCAAUCUGACCAAUCCGAGGACUAAGAGGACCUUUCCAGGGGAAUCGGGAGUUUCCGCACGACUCUCUUUGUUUGCAGCCUCUCCUUCUCUUGCUUGGUUUCUCGAUUCUGGAGGAGCACCAGGCGAACGACGACACGAGAGCCCUGUGGGGUAAACACGACUCGGCAGGAUGGUGAGGAGGGCAGGCGAAAAUGUGAUUUCUUCUGGGAAAGGGCCUCCUGCCAAGCGGCAAAAGAAGAAGAAGAGUGUUCCGGACGAGAUCCUCAAAGUUCUGAAUGUCGUCUAUGCCAAAGAAUGGCAGAAUGGAUUCGUCAGAGGAUUUGUGAUCGAAGAGCCCAUGGUCGGUUCGGAGGAAGGCCUAGACGAUGAUUUCUUCAAAAAAUUGCAGCAGGUUCAGCUUUUAGAUUUCUUCCAGAAAACUUGUGCAGUCAUAGCCCCGAGGGAGCUAAUCGCGAACUUCAUUCUGGACUGCAAGGUAGAAAAGGUGUCGAGCAAGGAGAAGAAGAUCACUUAUGAACUGCCUUUUAGGAGCAAAAGAACAUUGCAGCUGACGGAAACGAGGUUCGCCCACAUACUGCAGCUGCCGACCACGGAAUCAGAACUCACGGAGCAGAGCAGCGAAUUUUUUGACCAGAUCGACUGGCUGGGCAGCAGACACAUCUCAGGUUCCGAGACUUAUUGGAGCAUCAGUGAAAUCAAAGACCCCGCCAUGAAAGAUCUCUACAGAUACCUCAGCAAGUGGAUUUUCCGCUUGACAAGUAACAUCAAGAUCUCGCGAAGCCAAAUUUUGCCUGUGUGUGAAGCUCUGGAAGGGAAUGCUGUAGACUGGACGCAAUACUUAUGGCCCAAAUUUGUCUCGGCCAUAGAAAAGAUGAAAGAGAGCGCCAAGCACAAUAAGGCCUGCAAAUGUAGCAUUGCAGGCCUCGUGUCCGCUAUUCUGUUCGAACACACGAACGAGCUGGGAGGAAUCUGGACUCAAGCCUGGGAUGCCUGGGGAGAAACAGAGACUCCGGAGAAAGUGAAAGCAUGGAUUUCAACGAUCAGGAGGUUACCGGGAACCUCUCAGCAGAAAGGAGUGGAUAGCUCGAGGGCGUCAAGCGAGAAAGAGAAAAAGAAGGGCAAAGUGGAGGUGAGGCCUAGAAAGAAACCCGUCGGAGGAGAGUCAGUACAAACACUGGGACACAGAGUUCUCGUCGAGGUUGCUCCCAAGGACAAGGACAAGGACGUGCAGGACAGUGCUACCACUCUAGUUACGCUCGGACAGAUCGGGCGACCUCCCUUUCUUCUGACGGAUGUGCUCGGCAAGGGCACGGUAGCUGAUUUUGUAAAUUUCAAUUUCGCCAAGUGCCACGAGCAGCUCUCGGGAAUCGGGUCUGCUGAAACCCAGGAAAUGAUUAAUCAUUUCAUAGCUCAAGGAAUGCCAGUACCCAAGUUGCCGUCGUUCAACCCGGAAGGAGUGAGAGAUAUCAGGCUCGAUGAUCUCUUGGCCUUGAGGCAGACGAAGCCGGUAGAAGACGGCAACUACUUUCAGUCUGGGCCUGUUCAGAGGAUGAUUGAUCAGCUGGCGGAGCAGGCUUCGGUCACGAGUGAUGUUUUGCGAGAUAUGGCACGGUACAACGGGUACCUGGAUUACCAACUGUCAGUGGAGAGGAAGAAGUUUCAUGAUCUGGAGGCCAAGUAUUCGGAGCUCGAGAAGAGAAACAAAGAGCUCCAGGCUUCCGCUGACAAGUCUGUCAUUGCACAGAGCACAAUUUCUCAACUACAGCAUGAGUUUCAGAAGGCUAGGGACAAAAUGUCCAUGGCCGAGAAGGAGCACGAGAGCAAGAAGCACAGCUGGAGGGUGAAAAAGGAGGAGCUCGAAGAGAAGCUGAAGGGCCAUCACGCCAGAGAAGAGCAGUGGAAUAGGGAACGGAAAGCUUACGAGGAGAAGCUCAGGAAGCAGCAGAAAGAUCUGGAGGCAAGCAUCAUCAGCGAAGGUACUACGGCCGAUCAGGUGGCAGAUCUCAGAAGUAAGCUGGACAGAGCUCUGACCAAGCUAAGUCAACAGGAGUAUCAGAAGCACAUGUUGGGGUGUGAGGACGCAGACCAAGAGGUGAAGAAAGAAGCUGAGAAGGCCAGCCUGGACAUUGUUGCCAAAGUCCUAGAGGCCACAAACCGGCAGAUUGCCGAAUGGAGCGAGAGCCUGGAAAAGAGGCAAGUAGCUCAUGGCCUGAAGAAGCCUGAGGAAGUAGAGGACACCGACGACGAAGAUGACAAAGACGAGGAUGGCUCAGAGAAUGACGUGAAGAUUGUUGACGCAAUGGCUGGCGAAGACAAUGGCGAGGAGAAUGUGAUAUCUUUCUCUCGCAAAAUGGAUGGUCGAGGAGACGUUGUGGAUGGGAAGAACCAGGAGAGCCCAGAGCAUGUACAAGCUGCAGAGGAAGUACCAGAGCCCAAGACAGGUUCAUCUGAAGCAUCGUCUAGAUGCACUUUCAGAAGCACCACUAGGAUCAACACCAGUAGGUGAUCGGGUCAUAUGAAUGGUCCAGUGGACGCUAACUUUUCCAGCUUAAAUGUUAGAUAGAUUGCAAGAUAGAAGGAGCUGAGUAAUUAGAUGUGCAGAAUGCAAGAGAGAAGGUGCUGAGUAAUCAGAUCUGUAAGAUGCCCACCCUCCACGUUAUAUUCAUGUGUGGAGAGCAUUUAGAUAGCAUCGCAACAUCUGAAGACGCCAAGAACAUAACUACUUGGAAGUUAUUUGCUUGUCAGUUGUUUGUACAGAGUUGUGUAAACGUGAUUACUUCACCAGUUGAGCGGAUAAGGAGGUGAUUGUACAUAUCAAUGAAGCGCCUCGAGUUCUCGUAGCGAAAUAGACCUUUCAGCUCUAAGAUUUUUCAUUUGAUCUUGGUGUCUGAAAGAGUAGUUGGAAGGAGAUUGGAAGGUAUCCCAUACAUAGAUGUGAGCUGGAGAAUAAAUAACAGUGCAAGCUUCGAAACCGAACAAGGAAGAUGUGCUCAGCUACUGGAUUUGUCCAGAUGUAAAAUUACUCUUUUGCAUAUACAGAAGUCAGGAACGUCAGG